AUGUUAGCUGCCAGAGCCAAUGAUCGCAAACAACUGUUCAAGAAACAGAAUGAUUUGGAGCAUGGACGCCGUCGACGAGAGGAAACAACAACGCAACUGCGAAAGGCCAAGAAGGAAGAACAGUUAAUGAAAAGGCGACAGGCAGCGCAGCCGCAUGCUUUGAACGCCACGGAGGACGAUAAGCGUGUCUUCACCAAGGCUGACAUUCCCAGUUUGAUGAAUGAUUUUAUUAGUGCCGGGAGCAACAUGAACGACCCCAAGGUCUUUUCUGCGGUUCAAGGCUUUCGGCGCAUGCUCUCAGUGGAGGACAGCCCUCCCGUAGACGAGGUCCUUGAAGCAGGGGCGUUACGUUUCUUUGUGGGCCUCCUGGACCCCAGUAACGUCCACACCCUUGUUUUUGAAGCCACCUGGGCGCUCACAAACAUUGCGUCAACCGACAAGACGCAAGCAGUCGUUGACGGUGGGGCUCUUCCCAUGCUGAUCCAGCAUUUGCACCAUCCGGUCGCUGAUGUUCGCGAACAGGCGGCGUGGUGUAUCGGCAAUAUCGCUGGUGACUCUCAGGAACUAAGAGAUCUGGUUCUUGGGAGCGGCGCUCUCGUUGGAUUGAUUCUCAAUCUCAAGGACCCCGCCACAGCCUCUUUGCUCGGCAAUGUGACUUGGGCGGUGUCAAAUCUUUGUCGGGGCAAGCCAAGCCCGCAAAAACAUCUAAUUCAGCCAGCUGUCGGCCCCCUUGCAGAGUUGCUCGGCCGCACGGUGGGCCCUGAAGUGAUGGUUGACGCUGCUUGGGCAUUGUCUUACCUCGCCGACGGGGACAAUGACAGAAUUGAUAUGGUCAUGGAGACCGGAGUCACUGAAGUUCUUGUCCAAUUGUUGGAAAAGAACCAUUUGGCUCUGACUACUCCUGUGGUCAGAACACUGGGUAACUUUGUCACUGGAGACGACCUCCAGACCCAGACGGUUGUUGAGGCUGGAGUGAUCGAACCAAUCGUCGGACUCCUCAACCACCCAAGCAAGGGCAUUCGGAAGGAGUGCUGCUGGCUGCUGUCGAACAUUGCAGCUGGCACGGAGGAUCAAAUCGACAUGCUCGUUGAGGUUGACCGCAUCUUUGAGACCAUGGCUCACAUUGCUCAAAAUGACAGGCACGAAGUGAGAAAAGAGGCUCUGUGGGUGAUCGCAAAUGUUUUCACCACAGGAACAGAAGAACAAUUGCGCCAUGUCGCGAAUCACGAAGGGCUCAAGGCCCUCGCGGAUGCUCUUAGCAGCAUGAAAGACAGCAAGAGUCUAAUCGUUGUCAUGGAGGCCCUCGACAAGGUCUUUGAAGUCUCUGCUCGGCGUGACUUGAAUUUCACGAGGGAGUUCGAUGAGUGGGGCGGCAUCGACGCACUAGAAGAGCUUCAAAGUCACAGCAGCGAGGAGGUGUACGAAAAAGCUGUGGAGCUCAUUGAAAAAUAUUAUGGUGGAGAUGACGAAGAAGACGAGAACGUCGCUCCUUCUCAAGAAAAUGGGAUGUUCAGUUUUGGCACAGCCAAGCAGCUGUUUCCCGCCGAUGGCAAUGCGGAUAGUGACAAGUACGCUCCUGUUUUUGGGCAAACACAGGCCAACUCAGCAAACAACAUUCGCAUGUUCUAA